ACACUUUAGUACGUUCCCCUCUGAUCCCUCUCUUAAGGCCUGAACAGCAGCUGUGGAGAUUAGAGAGGAGAGGCCACGGACACACACGGAGGAUCUCCGUCACAUAAACUCGGUUGGCCAGGACAGAUCUGGUUCAGACUGGAGUGGGCUUCAGUGGCAGAAGACUGGAUCCAGAAUAUGCCGACAACUUUUUUCUUUGCCAUUAAGGACCUGAAUUAACUUUGAAUUUCUACUAGUUUCAUAGUGGACCGUAUCUUUUGUUGGAAUUUCCAAUCCCAAGCGUCUUCAUUUUGGGGUCUACACCAGAUCAUAAGCAAAUCAAGAACCGGCCUGUCUGCAUUUCUGUCACUUCUGUGCUUAUCACACUUUGGCCAUGAGCUGUUUUGGGUAUCGUCGAGAGCUGAGUAAGUAUGAAGACCUUGAUGAAGAUGAGCUUUUGGCUUCUCUCAGCGCCGAGGAGCUGGCUGAGUUGGAAAAGGAGCUGUCGGACAUCGAUCCUGAUGCCAAUGUGCCCAUAGGACUCAGACAGCGAGACCAGACAGAUAAGACCCCGACAGGCACCUUCAGCAGAGAGGCCCUCAUGAAGUACUGGGAGAACGAGACACGUAGACUGCUGGAGGAUGAGUUAGGUGGAGCAAGUCCAAAACUGGAUGAAGAACAGGAGGAGGACUGUGUGACAGAAGAAACCAGUGAAGGAGAAGAGGACAAAGAUGAUGAAAAUGAGAAGGAGCAAAAAAAGAAUGAAAAACAAAGUGAGGAAGAAGAGGAAGCAGAGAACAGUGAUGAAGAAGAGGAAGAAGAGGAAGAAGAGACGGAGAGUGAAGAAGAACCUGUAACAGAAGAGGAGGAAGAAGAGGACGAGGAGGAAGAAGAGCAAAAUAAUAAAUCAAAACCUGAACCGUCAAAAAAUUCAGGGCAGGUGACGUCGUGGGCCGAGAACCUAACCCUACUCAAGCCCCAGAGGGUGGAGCCUAUUAGGCGGACUCCUCCUCCUCCUCCACCACCACCUGCUGACCCGAACACCACUGGAAACCCAACUGUAGUCGAUGACGCUCUGCAGCGAGUGCUUAGAAAUGACUCUGAACUCACUGAGGUUAAUCUCAAUAAUAUAGAUGACAUCUCACAGGAAACUCUCAUCCGAUUUGCUGAAGCAUUGAGGUCAAACACACACGUGAGAACCUUCAGCCUCGCAAACACUCGAGCUGACGACCACGUGGCUCUGGCCAUUGCUAAGAUGCUAAAGGAGAACUCCUCCAUCAUCAGCCUGAAUAUAGAGUCUAACUAUGUGUCUGGAAAAGGCGUGAUGGCUCUGGUUCAAGCACUACCAGGAAACAACACCUUGACGGAGCUCAGGUUUCAUAACCAGAGGCACAUGUGUGGAGGACAGGUGGAAAUGGAGAUGGUGAAAAUUCUGAGGGAAAACUACACCUUGAUCAAACUGGGUUACCAGUUCAACCUACCUGGGCCGAGAAUGAGCAUGACAGGGAUCCUCACCAGGAACCAAGACCGCCAGAGGCAGAAACGGCUGCAGGAGCAGAGGCAGCAGCAGCAGAACCAGCAAGGGGCACAAGAAGGAGCUGUUAACCCCAGAACCACUGCACUGCAGAGAGGAACGCCAAGUUCAUCACCUUACAGCUCACCCAGGGCCUCUCCCUGGUCCUCACCUAAACUGCCCCGAAACGACCUGGCUAAAAAACAGACACCCCCUGCGCCACCUCCUCCCCCACCUCCACCCCCGCCUCCUCCGCCACCUCCUCCUCCACCUCCUCUCCCGCAGCAGGAGAAGAAAAAGCCCACGAGGAUGAUUGCAGAGGUUAUCAAGGCGCAUGAAGCGGGCAAGAAAAAGACGGUGAAAACAAAAGGGAAGAAGGGGAAGAAGGGGAAGGUGUCGGGCAAUGAUGAGACAAACGGCAUCCUUAAGGAGCUCAAAAAUGCCCUUAGGCCAGUGUCGGUAGAGAGGAGAGGGGAGGAGGGCAGCAGGCCAUCAACACCAAUGAGGUCAGCCCAUGAUCAGCUGAUGGAGUCCAUCCGCAAUAGCAGCAUGCGCAAUCUGAAACGGGUGGAAGUCCCUCGUCAUCUACGAUAAAAGUGUCAUAAAAGACAUCAUCUUGUUAUCAUUUGGAUACUGAUGACGAUGGACUGACCGACGGUGGUGAAUGAUGACAGGUGAAAACUUGGGUUUUCUAAGGAGGCCGACGUGAAUUCUUACUCAUAAAAAAUACACUGGAAAUUUGCACUGCAAUGACAGCUUUACAUUUUAAAAAUGUUGAAUUUGUUUUUUUUAAGUAUUCACAAUAGGAAUUAGGUACAUGGCAUUUGUAUUUUAAUUUGUGGAAGGAGUGAACUAAUUUGUUUACUGACAAGUUUUCUAAAUCGCUGUUUCCUUAACUGUAAAUAUGAUUUGUUGUGGUUGAACUGAUUUAAAUAUAGCUAAAUAUAGCCACCUGCUGUUUACAAUACCACUUGUGGAAGGAUGCAGACUCUUUUCUGACUCUUUGGUUUCUGGAUGAGCUCCAUUUGAAAGAAAGGGGUCAGGCUGUUAAAGGGAAGAAUGCAGUCAGUCCCACGGAGCCACUGUUUUUGUGUUUAUCAGUGAGUCAGCUUACUGGUCAAGCGCCACUGAUGCAUAUUCCCACUUCAACACACUCACAAUACACCCACUCAAGAUAACACGCAUUAAAGCAAGGCUUUUGCGCUCUUUGAACAAUUCACAGUGCAUGACAAGCGAAGAAACUACGCAAACAAGCGUGAUUAAAAAUUUUAUAAUAUCAAAUAAAAACCAAUGAGCCCCAUAUUUGUUCAGCCCGGUGAAUGCCAGUGAAUGGCACAGCCUAUGACCAGUAGCCUAGCUUGGGACGACUAAUGACAACUAAUGUUUGCUAAUGUUAGCCACCUUUAAAUAACUUUUUGUAAGUACCAGCUGUUUUUUAGCAGUGUGUGCUGAAAUGUAUUUUUUGGAUGUGUGUUACUUUCUAACAGUUGGUGUUUCUUUUAAGCUACACCGAGUUUCUCCAGAGGUUUUGCUUUUUGGAUAAGCUGCCAUUGUAAACAAGAACGUGCUCUUCAUGACUUGCCUGGUUAAAUAAAGGUUCAGUUGACUCACUACA